AUGCCGCUUGCUGAACGCGACAUCAAUACACAACGCGAGCCCCGCCUCAAACGUCACUCUACCAAAGCAAAUCUAAGCUACUCACGACUCAAGGAUGAGAACUCGCCUCUAACAUCACCCACUAGCAAAGCAUCACCGCCUUCUAGUCCACUGCUUGCACCUACCAAGGCUUCCGCCGCCAAGGCCAGCCCUCCUUCUUCACGUGCAAUAGAUCAGACUGUCACUCCGAGUCGACUUCCGCGGCGAAUGGACUCGAGUGUAGCAUCUCCCAGAAGCACGGCCACAUCUACGAGAUCCAGUGUCCUGAGUUCUCGUCAUUCGACACCGACGGCCAUGACUGACAAGCCACUCCCAGCUCCACCAGUUGCUCAGAUCCGCUCCGCGAUGAGUCCAGCUAGGAAUAGCCGGACGUUGGUAGAUGCGAGUGACAAGUCCAUGCGCAUGCGUGGCUAUACUCCUUUGACUCCAAAAGCCAGUCUGGCAACUCCAGUUGCGGAAUCUCCGUCCCUGGUCGUGCCUUCUGCCGAGAUUGACGAUUUUUCAACUCACCCUGGGCAGACUGAUACUAUCUUCUCGCCCGAUAGAUGGGCCAACGACGUGUCUAACGGUCUCAUCGACACGGCUCUCUCUGCUAUCGGUUUGGCUAGUCCUGGCACAGUGCCAUCUCUUGAGUCUUCAUACUCGUCACUCAACAGCAUUGGCACUAAUGACAAAGUUGGCCACGGUACGACAGAAGCAGCGGUCGAACAUGAUUUGCUUCACGACUAUGAAGAGCCGUCCCAUGAGGUGCAGAUGGCGGAAGAAUUGCUCUCCAACAGCAUGUACUGUUCUACUACUUCGACCAAAUCCAGAGGAGUUCUGGAGAGUGCGGCCGCUCCACCAAACCAUCCAGUCCCGGGCUUUGCCGACCUCAUGGCCACGGUGCCCAGUGCACGAUCCGAGUCCCGCCCACAUUCGCCCUCGCCCGCAAGCUUCUCCCGUCCUCGUCCUAGCAGUAUCUCUCACGGAAGAGUCACUCCAUCGCCAAUGACACCAAGCAUCGCGACCUCCAGAAGUGUCAGGGCUCAAAAGACUGCAUCUCGUAUCCCCAUUCCAGAGCCGACGAAAGGUAUGCUGGUGGACGUGAAGCCUCGGGGCAGCACAUACACUACCACACCAUCAAUCAAAUCCACUCACAAAUCAACGAAAGCUCCCUCGUUCGGGACUCGUCGCCUCGAUGCCGCUGGUGCGCUGGAGAAGUUGGAUCAGGGCAUAAAGAGAAGGCAGCUCUCCCAGCUGAAGCGCACAAUUGGUUUCGACAGCAGUACCACCACGCUGUCGACGAUAGACAAAAAUUAUGGGCGAAGCGCUGGCUCUAUGACGGACCGUAGUCAUGCCAGCACGCCAGACAAUACCUUCGCCACAAGCUCUUCAGACGACGAAGAGGUUGUUACACCAUCGUGGCCACACGGCACAUUCUAUGACAGCGAUGACCCUCACAGGUACGGCAACACUUCGCCAGCGACUUUCUACCGCCAUCCUGCGGCAUCCCUGUUCUACAAUGCUGCCCCGUCGUUCAGCAAAGGCCCACCUUCGACCAGUCCCUACACAGUUCCGCUGCAGACAAUACCCAGUCAAGCAGCUUUACCGCUCUACGCAGAUCUUGAGGAGCCUCUGGAUAUGCCUCCUAUCACGUCCAACAGCACGAGUCUGCGCGAUCGACUGUCCAUAUCGCAAGAAGGCCGACCGAAUGAAUACCCCAAGCAGAGCUGGAGGCAGCAACCGCUUUUGACCAAUUACUCAUUUAUGGACCUGCUUGAUGAGUACAUUGAUCAGGACGGGCGCAUCAGCACGCAGGGUUUCGCGCCCUUCGAUAAGGAGGCGAAAAGGCAUAUCACGCGGACUCUGUCUAUUUUAGAAGGGAAUGGCGCACCAUUCCAGAACAAGGUGGAUGAGGAGACGAUUCAGGAGAGGUUCGGUCAUAUCAAGUGCGGCAUGGAUAGAGCGACCAAGGAGGCCUCAUUCAUGAAAAAUGCUGCAGCUGCUCAGAAGUUCCUAGCUCAAGACGCUGUUGUGCUUGACGACGCAGACAUGCAUGGGUUAUUACCAGAAGCCAAGGACCAUAAGACUGAUAUUAUCGACAACAUCAAGCCACAGCUACCACAAAUCGAGCCCAUUGCUAGCAAGUGGUCGGACAGUACGGCAUCUUUGCAGGCCAUUCUCCCAGAUCUCGUAGAUGUCUCGCCACAUCAGACGAAUACUAUGGCCAUCGACAAUGCCAUCCCGCAGGUCCAACGAAAGGCGGUUCCGGAGCCUCCUCGGUCGAUUGGCUAUCCAUCGCGUGUUGAGUCGAAGAAGGUGAUGGCACUGAUCGGACCUGGUAGUGCUGAUCUCUCGCCACUGGGUGGUCCGCCUCGUCGUCUGUCCUCGCCGUCCCUUGAUAAGCGCAAGCCUGGAUCUGUAAAGACAGCACGCGAGACACUCCCAGGUCGUGGCUUUAGUCGUCCCACCGCUUCUGCUGAGGCGAAGAAGGCACCGAAGAUGCCAACGCCGAACACGAAGCAGUUCAACAUCGUUGGUGGUUCUCACCGUGGUCGCAACCCAUCUGCUGAGAAGGGUAGGUCUCAGUCUGAGGGCAACAACGUGCAAAAGGCCAAGAGGGCCCGCUCGAGAAGCCGACUCGUCAUCGACAAGCUUCAGGGCAUGUUCUCACACAGGCGUGACAAGAGAGCCUCCGACAUGCCUCAAAUUCCUGCUGUUGCUGAAGACGGUGCCUCGAAGAAAGAAGAGCAGAGUACCGUCCGUACUGUCGCCAUCAGCAAGCCACCGAAGCUGGCGGGGAGUCCCACUAUGGAUCCUCGGACUCCCUCGGUACAUCACACCCCACAACGCAAAGACAGUAAAUCCACGUCUGCCGCCACACCACCUUCUACCCUCGACAAGUCCACGUCUGCACACGACGACCGCUCCUCGGUCUUGAGCUGGGGCGAGAAGCUUCGUGCCAAAGCAGCUCGAGAAUCCGACCCAGUCCGUAAACUUCGCCUCCUCGAGUUCGUGCAGGUCUUGCGUGAGUCGCACGAGAACGCACGCAAUGCGCAGAUCAGCUGUCUAGCUGCUCGUGAAGCUGCUGUACAGGCUAGUGCUUCCUAUGCGCUUGUCCAGCAGGGCACGACGAUGCUUCAGCGUCUUGCUGCUCAAAUCGGUGGACCAGAUGCAUGA